AGGGGAAGGUUCGCCUUCUGAAUUGUGCAUCCAGCUCCCAGGGAUCUGUGUUUUGCACCCACCUUGCAAGGAAGGAUUGCAACCUUGCAAUCUUUGCAAAAGGUGAGAAAAUGGCCGAUGGAGGCCCUAGAAGACCGGCAGACGUUUCUGAGGACGCCGGUGUGACCAACCACGUUGCUCUGGUGAAAAACGAAGCGGCUACUGCACGCGAGGAAGUCUGCGCGAGGGACGUCACGGAGGCGGAGGUGACGUCUCGUUCGGAAACAGACGACCCCCGGCUUCCAGACCCGCCGCGCUGGGACGAUAUAUUUUUGACGUCCGUUGAGAAGGCGGUUGACACCCGGCCGGGAAAGUGGAUGUCGCAGCUCAUACCGGGCCUGAAAGAGGAAGGGCCACGAUUUGAGGACAGGGAAGCGGGAGAUUACGGGAAGGUGAAGGCGGCCAUCUUGCGGGUCGACGCCAUCAGCACCGAAGUCCAGCGUCAGCACUUCCGCCUGUUCCAAUACAAGGAGGCCGACGGGCCCCGCGAGGCAUGCAGCCGCCUCUGGUUCCUUUGCCACCGGUGGCUGAAGCCGGAGAGGCACACCAAGGAGCAGAUCCUGGAGCUGCUGAUCCUGGAGCAGUUCCUGGCCAUCCUUCCGCCGGAGAGCCAGAGCUGGGUCAAAGAUGGCUGCCCGGAGACCUGCGCCCAGGCGGUGAUGUUGGCCGAGGAUUUCCUCCAGAGGCAGAGAGAGCCCAAAAGGCCAGAAGCACAUGUGCCAGGAUUGUUUGAGGAGGCCAGGGAGACGUCCCUGAAGGCCGAAGGAGAUCUGUUGGACCCUGAGCAGAGACAGCAGGAGGUCAAGGAGGAGACAGCUGCGGAGGACAGUUCUUCACGAGGCAACCUGUGCCCUAGUGAGAACAACAAAGGGAGCCCCCAGCCGGAGAACAGAGAGCACGAGGGGCUGUGUGGGGCACCUGAUGAAGGCCUUGAGGAGACCUUCCCUCUCUUUGACGAACCCGAAGACCUACCCGAAAGGCCGCCGAGAUCAGAUAAGCCGUCGAAAAAGCCACCCAGGAAGAGGGUGCAAAAAUCCAUCCCAUUGGCGGGCGGUUACGAAGAUCUCGGUGUAGUCGCGGCAGAGCAGGAGGUGGGCGAGGGCAAGCUGCCCGUGAAGACCAUCGUCUACGAAGAAAACUUCAGCCAGGGCUCGGACCAAGCCGGAGAGAAAAUUCACAAAUGCUCGGUGUGCGGCAAAUGCUUCAGCCUCCGGUCGCGCCUUAUCGUUCACGAGAGAACCCACACGGGAGAGAAGCCGUACACGUGCUCCGACUGCGGGAGGAGCUUCAGCGUCAGCUCGAGCCUCAUCGCCCACCGAAGGACGCACACGGGAGAGAAGCCCUACAAGUGCUCGCACUGCGCCAAGAGCUUCAGCGUGAAGUCGGGACUGAUCGCUCACGAGAGGACCCACACGGGGGAGAAGCCGUACAAAUGCCUGUACUGCAGCAAGAGCUUCCGGCGCAACUCGGGCCUUGUUAGUCACCAGAGAAUCCACACCGGGGACAAACCUUACCAGUGCUCGGUGUGCGAGAAAAGCUUUAGCGACAUCUCGAACCUCAUCACGCAUCACAGGAUCCACACAGGGGAAAAGCCGUACAAGUGCUUGGAGUGCGGGAAAAGCUUCAGCCAGAGCUCGUACCUCAACAGCCACCAGAGAAUCCACACGGGAGAAAAGCCAUACGAGUGCUCCGAGUGCGGGAAAACCUUCAGCGUCAGCUCGCGCCUCAGGAAGCACCAGAGAAGCCACACGGGCGAGAGACCGUUUAUAUGUUUGGACUGUGGGAAAACUUUCAGCGAGAGCUCGGAUCUCCUCGCGCACGAGAGGGCCCACACCGGGGAGAAGCCCUACCGGUGUUCGUUCUGCGGGAAGAGCUUCCUGCGCAGUUCGGAAGUAGUCAGCCAUGAGAGGAUCCACACGGGCGAGAAGCCGUACCAGUGCGGGGAAUGCGGGAAGAGCUUCAGCGUCAGCUCCCGCCUCAGCGCGCACAGAAGGAUCCACACGGGAGAGAAGCCUUUCCAGUGCGUGGUGUGCGAGAGGAGCUUCAGCUACAAAUCGCACCUCAUUACACAUCAGAGAAUCCACACCGGCGAGAAGCCCUUUCAGUGCUCCGUCUGUGGGAAGAGCUUCCGUGGCAGCUCUAGCCUCGUGGCCCACGAGAGGACACAUACAGGGGAGAAACCGUACCGGUGUUUGGACUGUGGGAAAAGCUUUACUCAGAGCUCAAACCUCAUUAGUCAUCAGAGAAUCCACGCGGAAGGAAAUUCCUGCUGUGUUGGGGAGCAGCUGCCGGUCAGUGUGGACGGUGCUGAGCUGGGCGGACCUAACGGUGCAUCCCCAGACUGCGAGAGAGUGGCUGGCGAGGAAAUGGACGUCGCGCCGCCUGUGUGGGAAAGGGUGGCAGGAGCAGGGAAGACCCCCGGCCCUGGAGGACAAAACCGGAGAUCCGGAGAACAGAUUAAGCAGGAGCCAGAGGACGGGCUGCACCGGCACUGGGAAGCCCAGUUGCAGGAGUUCCUGAGGACCCUGGAGUCUCCCCACUCUGGCUUGGGAGCCCCCCAGUUGCCGGAGGAGCCCAGCCCCUGGGACGACGCCAAAGGCUUCCUGGCCUCCUUCGAGCAAGUGGCCAAAGCCUGCUGGUGGCCCCGGGAGGAGUGGGCGGCCCGGCUCCUGCCAGCCCUCAGUGGGGAAGCCGAGCGGGCCUUUAGCCGGCUGGAGGGCCGGGACAGAGAGGAUUAUGGGAAAGUGAAGGCGGCCAUCUUGCAAUGGGACAGCUUCCGGAGGGAGACUCGGCGCCAGCGCUUCAGGCGUUUCUGCUACCAGGAGGCCGAGGGGCCGAGAGGGGCUCACCGCCGGCUGCUGGAGCUUUGCGACGGGUGGCUGAAGGCGGAGAAACACACCAAGGAGCAGAUCCUGGAGCUGCUGCUUCUCGAACAGCUCCUGACCAUCCUGCCCGCGGAGGUCCAGAACUGGGUCAAGGGACGGAGCCCGGAGACCUGCUCCCAGGCGGUGGCCCUGGCCGAGGAUUACCUGCAGAGGCAGCCAGAGGCCGUGAGGCAGCGACCACAGGGCCUGACUCCAGCAGAAGAGGUGGUGGCAGCAGCAGCAGCAGCAGAGUCCUCUGAGGUGGAACAGACUUUGUCUGACCCCGGGUGGAGUGUGUUUGACCGGCGGGCCAAAGAGGAGCAAGUCAGCAGGGAUGCUGAGCUGUUGGCAACGAAAGGUUGGAUGAAUGUAAGGAAGGGGGAGAAACGUGCAGAAGAGGAUUUGAAGGAGGCAGAUCCAAUUGGAACAUCUGCGGAGCCAGCGGAAGAGGAUGUCCCCCCGAGUCACAGGCAGGAAGACCUCCCAGGAAGUCAGCCUGGGCAAGAGGAGCAGCGGGAAUCUUGUCCGGAGAGCAAUGAACAAACCUUGGUUUGUGGAGGAGACAACACAGAAAUCGCUGCCCAGCAACAAACCCGCCCUGGUUCUGAUGACCAGCCGAGGGAAUGUGACGAGAAAUACGGCCGAUUGGACUGUCCAGAGGUCCGGCAGGAUUCUGAGCCCCCGGGAACAGCAGUGGAGAGCGUCUCUCGGCCCAGACGCGAGAGGGCCCCCCUCCAAGGAGAGGCUUUCCGGUGCGGCGACUGCGGGAAGAGUUUCAACCGCAAGCAGAACCUCCUGAGGCACAAUCUGACCCACACCGGGGAGAAGCCCUUCAAGUGCGCCUACUGCCGCAAAAGUUUCGUCCAGGUCUCCGACCUGACGCGGCACGAGAGGACCCACACGGGGGAGAAGCCGUUUGGCUGCUCCUUCUGCCAGAAGCGCUUCAACUGCAACUCCAACCUGCUCAUGCACGAGCGCACCCACACCGGGGAGAAGCCCUUCAUGUGCCUGUCGUGCGGGAAGACCUUUGUCCAGAUCUCCGACCUGACGCGCCACGAGAGGACCCACACGGGCGAGAGGCCGUACGGGUGCUCCUUCUGCGAGAAGCGCUUCAGCUGCAACUCGCACCUCCUCGUGCACCAGCGGAUCCACACGGGCGAGAAGAAGCCGCACCAGUGCGCCACCUGCGGCAAGAGGUUCAGCUACCGGUCGGUGUUGCUGGCGCACACGACGGUCCACACGGGCGAGAAGCCCCACGCGUGCCCGCACUGCGGGAAGAGCUUCCAUUCCCGCCCAGGCCUCAUCCGCCACAAGAAGACCCACGCGGGAGAGAAGCUGGCGCACCAGUGCUCCCAUUGCGCGGAGAGCUUUGGCCAGCGGACCCAGCUCGUUCUCCACGAGCGGGCGGCGCACGUGGGGGCCAAGCGGUACCUAUGCUCCGCCUGCGGGAAAAGCUUCGGCACUCACUCCACCCUGGCUAGGCAUGAAAAAAUUCACAAGGGAGGACGCGAGAGGCUUGGGCCAGGGAUGAAAAUGGAGGAACCAAGCCAAGCAGCCCCCAAACCGGUGGAGGGAGCAGAGAGUGUGAGGAAACCCCACCAGAGGGGCUGCAUCCGGGAAUUCCUGCAAAAGAUGCCGUCCCAGCACCAAGUGAAAGAGGAAGGAGGGGAAGGGAUCCUUCAGCGCUGGGAGGUCCAGUGGCAGGAGUUCCUGAAGGAAGUGGAGUCCCCUCACAUGGGUUGGGGGGUCCCACAGCCAUCAGAGGAGCCCACCCCCUGGGACGACACCAAGGCCUUCUUCGCCUCCUUCGAGCAAGUGGCCGAAGCCUGCCGGUGGCCCCGGGAGGAGUGGGCAGCCCGGCUCUCGCCGGCCCUCAGUGGAGAAGCCGAGCGGGCCUUCCGCAGGCUGGAGGGUCGGGACAGAGAGGAUUAUGGGAAACUGAAGGCGGCCAUCUUGUGGCAGGACGCCAUGCGGAGGGAGAAGAACCGCCAGUACUUCCGGCGCUUCUGCUACCGGGAAGCCGAGGGGCCGAGAGGGGCCUACAGCCGCCUCCAGGAGCUCUGCCGGCGGUGGCUGAAGGUGGAGAGGCACUCGAAGGAGCAGAUCCUGGAAUUGCUGAUCCUGGAGCAGUUCCUGACCAUCCUGCCUCCGGAGAUCCAGAGCUGGGUCAGGGAACGGGGGCCAGAGACCUGCUUCCAGGCAGUGGCCCUGGCUGAGGACUUCCUGCUGAGGCAGCAGGAGGCAGAGCAGCCAAAACCUCAGGUAAGCGUGCCGUUUGAGGAGGUGGUCCUGAGUUUCUGCGAGCCGGAAAUGGUUCCUUCCGACCCCGUCCACCGGCAGAUGCGCCAGGAAACCAAGAAGGAAGCUGACCAUGGAGAGGCCCUCUUGACAGGAGCUAAAGGGUGGACGAACCUCAACAAAGCGGAGACGUACGCCCUGGAAGAUCGCGAGCAUCUGUCACCACGUAGGACGUCGGUUUGGGGAGCAGGAGAGGAUGUUCCCUGUUUCCCCGAGCAGCGAAACACUCCGGCUGGGCGCCAGGAAGCGGACUUGGAGCGAGAAGUUGGCGCGUCUGUCCCGUUUGGGGGCACCUUCCAGGAUCUGAAGGAGGAUGCACACCAUCGGAGGAGCCACACUGGUAAGAGACCAAGCGUCUGCACCGCGUAUAGGAAGAGGUUUUGCCAGGGCGCGAACCUCCUUAAGCACGAGAACAUCCACUCGGGAGAAAAGCCAUUCAAGUGCUCCGACUGCGGCAAGCGGUUUAGCCAGAAGUUCCACCUUCUUGGGCACCGCAAGAGAUGCGAGAGCGAGAGGCCGCACAAGUGCCCCACCUGCGGGAAAAGGUUCUCUCGCAGCUCCUACCUUAACACUCACCAGAGAAUCCACACGGGGGAAAGACCCUACGAGUGCUCGCGGUGCGGGAAAAGCUUUAGCCAGAAAGCUAACCUUAACACGCACCGCAGGAUUCAUACGGGGGAAAAGCCCCACGAGUGCCCCGUGUGCGGGAAAAGGUUCUCUCGCAACACUUGCCUUAAUAGACAUCAGAGAAUCCACACGGCGCGCUAAGCUAUACAGAUGACAUGGACUGCAGGGGGGUUAUUUUUCCAUGGAAGCGGGGAGGGAUGCAGGAGAUCAGUACUGCCAAUGACUGAUUGAGUGGAUUGCUCACCCGGGCUAAACUUCAGUCAGAAUAAUGUCCUGUGUUUAGACAUUGUAUAUUGCAGCAGCAUUCGGUUGCUAACACAAUAAAGAAUAUUCUCCAUU